AUGAAUGGAAAAAUACAAAAUAUAGAAACAACAUUAGACACUGCUAUGACACGUAAAGUUGAACAAAAUAGGCAAAAAUUAAUCCCUAUUAUUGAAACCAUACUAUUUUGUGGCCUACAAAAUAUAUCCUUACGCGGUCAUAGAGAUGAUGGUUCUAUAAAUUCUGUUGAUGACGAUAUCAAAAAUCAAAAAGGAAAUUUUAAGGCUUUAUUAAAAUUUCGUAUUAAUGCUGGAGAUCAAAUUCUAAAAGAGCAUUUCAAAUCUGCAACAAAAAAUACUACCUAUAUUAUACCUAUUUUAGCUGAUGAGACGACUGACGUAAGUAUUUCUGAACAAUUUUCAUUUUGUGUUCGGUAUUUUGAUUCGGACACAUGCUCAAUACGGGAACAUUUUCUUGGAUUCACAAAGGUUGAACAUGUAACUGGUGAAUAUUUAGCUGACACCAUUAUACAAAUAUUAAAAGAAAAAAAUUUAGAUCUUGCUCUGCUUCGAGGACAAGGAUAUGAUGGUGCCGCGAAUAUGAGCGGUGCGUUUAAAGGAGUACAAUCUCGAAUUGCAAGUUUACAGCCUCUUGCAUUUUAUACUCACUGUGCCAACCACAGAUUAAAUUUAGUGCUCAGUAAAGCAAGCACUGUACCUUCAAUUCGCAACACAGUCGGAAUAAUAACAAAUAUUUAUAACUUCUUAAGGGAAUCUGCUUUAAGAACUCAACUUUUGAGUGAAAAAAUUACAGAACUUUUUCCACAUCAAAAAGCAGUAAAAGCUAAAAAGUUGUGUGAAACACGUUGGGUCGAAAGACAUGAUGGAAUUUUACAUUUUUUGGAAAUAUUACCAGCUAUAAUAGUUACAUUAGACGAAUUAAGCCUUAGAAACCAUACAGGAAGCAAUGCACAAUCUCUAUCUGCAGCUAUUUGUAAAUUUGAAUUUUUGAUUUCCUUAAAAAUAUUAACGAAAUUUUUAGCCAUAACACUUCCACUUUCAAUGCUGUUACAGAGUAUUAAUAUUGACUAUACACAAUCGAUAGAAAUGAUCAACAAUGUUAAAAAUGUAUUAACUACAAUAAGAGAAAAUUCAAAAACGGAAUUUAAAAACAUUUUUGAAGAAACAAGAAUAAUUGCAGUAAAAAUGGACGUUGAUAUAAGGAUUCCAAGAGUAACAAAAAACAAUGUCAUCGUGCAAACGCUCAGCCCGAAUCAACUGAUUUAUCUGAAUUCUACCACGUUAACUAUUUUCUACCUUAUUUGGAUUAUCUUAUACGAUAAAAUAUUGAAUGCGGCCAAGACAUAUGAAGCAGAUUUACCUCAUAGUAUUGAAGCACUACGCGGUGAGUUAAAUUUAUGGAAACAAUUUUGGAAAAAUAAACCAGAAAAGGCUGAUUCUUCAAUGGAAGCUUUUAAAUAUGCAUCUAUGUUUCCUAACAUUAAAUGUCUUUUAACAAUUCUUAGUGUGAUACCUAUAACAACAGCAAGUGCUGAAAGGUCAUUUAGUUCUUUAAAAAGAAUUAAAACUUACCUACGAUCGACAAUGAGCCAGGAAAGACUUAACGGCUUAGCAAUGUUGCAUAUAAAUAAAAAUAUUCAAGUAAAACCAGGAGAAGUACUAGAUGUGUUUGCUAAAAAACAUAAACGAAAACUUCAAUUCGACCUAUGA